AUGGCCUCAACCACAUCGUCCUCGACCCGUCGAAGCGGCGACAACAGUGGCGGCGGCGGCGGCUUCCUCCCCUCCCCGACCCCCUCCACCACCAUAACUACAACCACAGGCACCGCGUCUUCCCUUCUCCCCCAACCCCGUUCGCAUCCUCUCCGCCCAGGCUCGGCCAAAGAAGCAACCGUGAUCAACUACGUCGACACCACCCUCCUGCGUAUCGCCCGCCGUCACGCCAAGAAAUUCAGCGGUGCGUUUACGGACCCUUCCCUUCCAGAGUCUGAGCGAGGGUAUGAGAGCUUCCAGGAAAUAGCGAGAGAUUUGGAGGCGGUGGUGGAUGUGCUAUGGGUUAGUGGGACACCAUCGCUUCAAAUCCCUUACUUGAUUUCUUUGGCCGUGCAGGUCAAUUCAUAUCUCGCUGAGUAUCCGUUCUCGGCGGCUGCUACGUUUCGGCUGUUGGGGAAGUUGGACGAGGUCUUUGCGGGGCUUUUGGGGGAUGGGGAGGGGAAGGGAAGUGUGGUUUCGAUGACAGAGAAGGUGAGGAUUAAGAGUAUCGCGGAGUCGGGGAGGGUUGUGGUUGUUGAGGUGAGGGAGAAGGAGAGGGAGGAUGGCGGUGGGCUUGGUGAAGAUGAGGACGAGGAUGAGGAUGAAAUGGAGGAUAUGCUGGGUAUACAGGAGUAUCCAACGCCUGGGAAAUGGGAGAUGGAGACGGCCAAGGUGUAUGAAAGGACUAUACAGUUGUUGGGGGAUGAGUUGGGCCAUAUUGGGGACUUCUGUGAUGAUGAUAUGGCUGCGGGUGAGGGAGAAGAGGCCUCUAGAGAAGAGGUACUAGAUAGGUACUGA